UGAAUACCAAUGAGGUCAUGGAUUCACCGCCGGGCAAAGAGUUUCAACCACUUGCUGGCUCGAUACAAACCCAGGCUGAGGAGAAAAAUAAAUAAAUCGGACACUAACAAACGUGAUGACGGAAUAAAAGGACAGGGUUAGAUUUGAUCCCAGCUUUACAAGAAGAGAAAUGUGGCAUACUCUGUCAGGAUCAUGAGAAGCAUUUGUUUUUAGAAUCUUUUGGACCUUUUUUGUGGAUUAAUCCUGGCUCCUACUGUGACUACUGUGAGGCAGUUAAAGGCUGAGUAGUCGUGCCAGAGUGUUACAGCACUGCACAGAGCUGGGAUUUUCUCAAGACAAAAGCUGAUCUCCAUCCACCAAUCUGUGGCUAAACAGAGUAGCAGUACAACUACAGCUCCUAGGCCUCAUUCAGGUCUGUUACUACAGAAAUGCCUCAGGAACGCACAGCGAUCCUCUUCUGUGUUUUGGCAGUCCACAUCACAUCUCUGGUGGCGGGUGUAGAGGAAACGCAGAAAGAUGAGUGCGCUGACCUGAACAACACCACCUGGCAGGAGUAUCGGCAGCGUAGAAUCAAGCUGCAGGUCCAGUACCUGCUGAUAACCAGAAAAAACAUUGACUGUGCACAAGCGUUCAGCCAUGAGUCUCUCACUGAAAGCAGCUCUCAGCAGCUCUCCUACUUCAACAUGUCGCUGCCAACCAAGGUCAUCAUCCACGGAUACAGGGCUCUGGGCAGUAAGCCUUCCUGGGUGAAGGAGCUGGCCCGCGCCCUGCUCAUGGUGCAGGACGUGAACGUGCUGGUGGUGGACUGGAUCUACAGCGCCUCCUUUGCCUACAACCUGGUGGUGGAGAAUUACAAGGAGGUAGCUCUGCAGACCUCUGUCCUCAUCAACCAGCUGGAGAAACAUGGAUGCAAACUAGAGUCCUUCCACUUCAUUGGGGUCAGUCUUGGAGCACAUGUUGCUGGUUUCGUGGGGACUCUUUUCGAGGGGAAGAUAGGAAGAAUCACAGGUCUUGACCCAGCUGGACCCAUGUUUAAAACAGCCGACACCUUCGACCGGCUGGACCCCUCUGACGCUCAGUUUGUCGAUGCCAUCCACACAGACUCUGACUAUUUUGGCAUUUCCAUCCCUGUCGGUCAUGUUGACUUCUUUCUGAACGGGGGAAUGGAUCAGACUGGAUGUGCCCGCUCCAGGUUUGCCUCAAUUCCUUUCCUGUUUACAGUGUACGGCUACGUGAUAUGUGACCACAUGAGGGCACUGCAUGUAUACAUGAGUGCACUGAACGGCUCAUGCCCUCUGAUGGGGAUCCCGUGCUCAAGCUAUGAGGACUUCCUGAAUGGACACUGUAUGAACUGUGACCUCUUCAAGGGGACAUGUCCAACUAUAGGUUUAUCAGAAAACAGUGGGAUAACCAUAUCUCCAAUUCCCAAAGAGCAGAAGCUAUUCCUCCUCACUACUUCUUCAACACCUUUCUGUGCUCAUCACAUCCUGCUGGUGCUGGAGGUUUCUCCCCUGGAUAAGAGCGCUGAGGUGGAGGUGACACUGAGGACAGGGCAUCUGGUGAAAGAUAAGAGGCUCAGGCUUCAGACAGCUACGACAGUGUACAGGAUGGUGUUGGCCCACCCUGUGGCUCUGUGUGAGAUCGACUCCAUCCAGCUGAAGAAUACCGGAGCUCGCUUCUACAGACAGGGAGACAUUCACGUCAAGUCUGUCUGUCUCUCUGAGUUCCCCUCCCUCAGGCGAGAGGAGCCGCUGUGUGUGAACAAUGUCCAUGUGCGACGAGGAGCUCCGUGGUCACAUGACUUAGUGCAGGUGUGUGACUUCUAAAGAGAUUGACUCAAAGACACUGAAAAAAAAAAACAUUUACAGUGAAGUCACUGUAACGUCAUCAUCAACACCACCUUGUUUAAUGAUUAAAAAAUGAUGCGAGCCAAUUAACUAUGUUUUAUUCUGGAAGAAGCUGAUAUUAUACAGACUAUCACUCUGCUACUAACAUGCCUAGUCAUACUUUAUUUAGCUCAGAAAUCGGAUCGUCCAACAUCAUGAUUGUCAGCAAAAAGAAACAUUUAUAUUGUCUGUUGUUGUUCAUGUGUGUCUCUUAACUCAUCCCUGCCUCUGAGACCUUUUUCAAUAAUCUGGUUUUAUGAUGUUCCAUGUAUUCUCUGACCUGUACUGUUAGUGCUGCCAAAUGCUGAUGACCAGUUUGUCUUAAAACCAAGAAAUAAACUGGGAACUGUUCUUUGCUUUUCUC